AUGGACCGUUCAUGCAAAGAGAACUUUACUGUUGAGGAGAUCCGUGGUUUGAUGGACAAAGUGACCAAUGUCCGCAACAUGUCCGUUAUUGCCCACGUUGACCACGGCAAAUCAACCUUGACUGACUCGCUGGUAUCCAAGGCUGGUAUCAUUUCCGCUGGUCGUGCAGGUGAAACGCGUUUUAUGGACACUCGCAAGGAUGAGCAAGAGCGUGGUAUCACCAUCAAGUCUACUGCUAUUUCCAUGUACUUCCAACUUGAACACGAGGAAGACAUCAAGGAAAUCAAGGGCCAAAAAGUGGACGGCCGUGAUUUCUUGAUCAACCUUAUUGACUCGCCUGGCCACGUCGACUUUUCAUCUGAGGUCACAGCUGCUCUUCGUGUUACUGAUGGUGCCCUUGUGGUUGUCGAUUGUAUUGAAGGUGUCUGUGUGCAAACUGAGACCGUGUUGCGUCAAGCUCUUGGUGAGCGUAUCAAGCCUGUCCUUGUCAUCAACAAGAUUGAUCGUGCUCUUCUUGAACUUCAACUUGAAAAGGAGGAGCUCUACAACGCCUUUGCACGUACCAUUGAAACAGCCAACGUCAUCAUUGCCACGUACUUUGAUGAAGCACUAGGUGAUGUGCAAGUGUAUCCUGAAAAGGGUACCGUUGCUUUUGCUUCUGGUUUGCAUGGCUGGGGCUUUACGUUGCGUCAAUUCGCAGUACGUUAUUCCAAAAAGUUUGGCGUUGACCAAGACAAGAUGAUGCAACGCCUAUGGGGUGAGAACUACUUCAACCCAAAGACCAAGAAAUGGUCCACCAAGGAUAAGGAUGCCGAUGGCAAGACGCUUGAACGUGCAUUCAACAUGUUUGUACUUGACCCCAUCUUCAAGAUCUUUGAGUCCAUCAUGAACUUCAAGAAAGAGCAAACAACCACUUUGCUUGACAAGUUGGGUAUCAAGUUGGCCAACGAUGAAGCGGAUCUUGAAGGCAAGCAACUCCUCAAGGUGGUCAUGCGCAAGUUUUUGCCUGCUGGUGAUGCUCUUCUUGAGAUGAUUUGUAUCCAUUUGCCAUCGCCUGUCACUGCUCAAAAGUACCGUGUGCCCAACCUUUAUGAAGGCCCCUUGGAUGAUGAAUGCGCUAUUGGUAUCCGUGAUUGUGACCCCAAUGCUCCUCUCAUGUUGUACGUCUCCAAGAUGGUACCUACUUCUGACAAGGGUCGUUUCUAUGCCUUUGGUCGUGUAUUUUCGGGUACCGUACGUGCUGGUCUCAAGGUGCGCAUUCAAGGCCCCAACUAUCAACCUGGUUCCAAGAAUGAUUUGUCCGUAAAAUCAAUUCAACGCACCGUGCUCAUGAUGGGCCGUAACAUUGAAGCCAUUGAUGAAUGCCCUGCUGGUAACAUUAUUGGCUUGGUGGGUGUUGACCAAUUCCUUGUCAAGUCCGGUACCAUUACCACCUCUGAAGUUGCACACAACAUGAAGGUCAUGAAGUUCUCUGUAUCCCCUGUUGUCCAAGUGGCGGUUGAAGUCAAGAAUGCCAAUGAUUUGCCAAAGUUGGUGGAGGGUCUCAAACGUUUAGCCAAAUCGGAUCCAUGUGUAUUGACCUACACGUCUGAUUCGGGUGAACACAUUGUUGCCGGUGCUGGUGAACUUCAUUUGGAAAUCAUCUUGAAGGAUCUUGAAGAAGACCAUGCUCAAGUCCCUAUUCGUACGGGUGAUCCUGUUGUCCAAUAUCGUGAAACUGUUACAGCUACAUCGUCGAUUGAUUGCUUGUCAAAGUCACCCAACAAGCAUAAUCGUAUCUUCAUGCGUGCAAUGCCAAUGGCUGAUGAGCUAUCGAAUGAUAUUGAAGCUGGCAAGAUUGGUCCCAAGGAUGAUUUCAAGUCGCGUGCACGUAUGUUGGCUGAAGAUUAUGGCUGGGAUGUCACUGAAGCACGUAAGAUUUGGUGCUUUGGUCCUGAAGCAACAGGUGCCAACAUUGUGGUCGAUACAACCAAGGCUGUUCAAUACCUAAAUGAAAUCAAGGAUUCAUGUGUGGCUGCUUUCCAAUGGGCUACCAAGGAAGGUCCUCUUGCUGAAGAAAACAUGCGUGGUUGUCGAUUCAACAUUCUCGAUGUCACUCUUCAUGCUGAUGCUAUCCAUCGUGGUGGUGGUCAAAUCAUUCCUACUUUCCGCCGUGUGGUUUAUGCUUCCAUGUUAACGGCUUCACCUGGUCUUCAAGAGCCAGUGUAUUUGGUUGAAGUACAAUGCCCAGAGAAUGCACUUGGUGGUAUUUACUCGGUGCUCAAUCGCCGUCGUGGUGUGGUCUUCUCUGAAGAACAACGUCCUGGUACACCCAUGAUGACUAUCAAGGCCCACAUGCCAGUCAACGAAUCAUUCGGCUUUACCCCCGAUUUGCGUGCUGCCACUGGUGGUCAAGCAUUCCCUCAAGCUGUCUUUGAUCACUGGCAGGCAAUGUCUGGUGACCCAAUGACAGCCGGCAACAAGGUUUAUGACAUUGUUCGCAAUGUACGCAGAAGAAAGGGUCUCGCUGAGGAUAUCCCAGGCCUUGACAAGUACUAUGACAAGAUGUAA